GACGUCACAUUUCCGCUGCGGUUACGUCAUAUUCAAGCGACCACAUUCAAACGCAUUACUGGUGGAACAAAAGCGUAUAGAGUGAAAAUACAGGGAUAAAACUCCACAGUAAACUGAUUUCUCCAAACACAAUGGGUCCGAUUGAGCUCCUGCACAUGUCCGUGUUCUCGCAGAGUUUCUCUCCAUGUGGUCGCUUUUUAGCAGCUGGGAAUAACUACGGAGAGAUCGCAGUGUUCAGUCUUUCAGCUGCUCUGAGUCCUGAUGCGACAGACGCGAGUCAGAAGCCCGUCCUCACCUUCACCGCCCAUGAAGGUCCCGUGUUCUCGCUGCUGUCCACAGACACACACCUCCUCAGCGCGGGGAACGGAGAGAUCAGCUCCUGGAGCUGGGCGGAGCUCAGCAAGAAGAACACUAAAGCUGUUUGGACGAAGAGACCCGAUUACAAGACCAGUCUCGAAAUCCCAGAGAUCAACGCAAUGAUCAUCAACACCAGAGAUAACAGCUUGGUGGUCGGUGGGGGAGACAACAACAUCCACAUCAUGGACAUGGAAACUGGAACCUUCAAGUCGGUUCUGCAGGGUCACACAGAUUAUAUUCACUGUUUAUCUCUGAGAGAGAGGGAGGGAGAGAUCCUGUCAGGAGCGGAGGACGGAGCCGUGAGAAUGUGGGACUGGAGGACGGGCCGCAGUGUGCACUGUGUGGAGGUUUAUAAAUAUGAGGAAUGCGCUCGCCCCCAGUACGGGAAGUGGAUCAGCUGCGUGGCGACGGAUUCUGAUUGGAUGCUGUGUGGUGGAGGCCCCGCCCUCUCUCUGUGGCAUCUCCGCUCCAUGUCUCCCACCUCCAUCUUCUCGCUGAGCGGCUGUCAGAGGGAAGCCGUGUUCCAUCAGGACCUGAUCUUUGCAGUAGGUGAGGGUCCGUACGUGUCUCACUGUCUGCUGGGGGGAAGCGUGAAGGCUCAGAUCCCCUGCACUCCUCCGUCACUGAACACACUCGCCCUGAACCUCGGCACCACUGAACACAGGGUGAUGACUGUCGCAGGAAGCAGCAACCAGAUCGACGUCUUCACCAACUUCUCCUACAGAGCCUUCUCACUGUCCUUCUGAACAUCUCGCACAUUUCACGCCUUCCUUAACGUCCUCGUUUUGUAAAUUAAAGCAGCAGUGUGUAAUAUUUCAGACCCUGAAAACCAUGCUGCCUGUGAGUUGAAUUACAAUCAGAAUAAAGUCAUGGAUACGCCCUUCACCUUCUCGCCUGGCUGACCACGCCCCCUCUGUCUGCCUGAUGAGCUGCGUUUUAAGGAAAAGGAGCGAGACUGAGUAGCUGUUCACUGACUUGGGGGCGGAGCCUAUUUCAGGGCUGGGCGAAUGUAAGAAAAUUGUAAACAGAAGCCUGAAAUGAAGAAACUAGAAAGAUAGAUAGCAUAGAAAUAUUUCACCUGAUAGUUUUUCUAAAGAAUCUUUGAAAUUAUGUGAUUUUUUUAAAGGCGUGGAAACAUUUUUCAACAUCACUAACCGCUGCUUUAAAGAGAGGAUCGUUCAUGGGAGAAGGCACGUACGACCACUUUGUCUUUUCAUCUGUGAAAUAAACUUAUUUUUUUUCACUUUAAAAGAUUCACCUCAGCUGAGAGACUCAUCUUUCAGUUUAAAAUAAAACACAUCUGUUAUAAUAAUAACAAUAAUAACAAUAAUGUAUUUUUAUUCGCAGUGGAUUUGUAUAAUAAAAUAUUUUCAUACAG